AUGUUCACGCGGGAAUUCCGCCACUCGGGGCACGCGGAAGCCCUGGGUAAAGAUUUGUGGGGAUUGCGAAGCCUGAAUGUGGCCACGGACUCGCGACUCAUGAGUGGUACAGAAUGUUUCUCAGUCCACAGUUGUGUUCUAGCUUGCAAUUCUCCGUAUUUGGAACAUUUUUUCCAAACCCAAACAUCGACGAACCCGGUGUUCGUGUUGCCCAAAGCAGAGCCGAAAUCUGUCAUGCACCUUUUAGAAUUCAUGUACACGGGCGAAACGCAAGUAGAAGUGGAUCAGCUGACAGAAUUUGGUGAACUGGCAAACCUGCUGGAUGUUAGGGUAUUAAAGGAACUAUGGCCACUCGAAACGAUCGAGGUGAAGAAAGAGAUUAGUGAUGCUGAAGAAAUUAACCUACCCGUUUCCCCACCGCCGAAGAACCGGGCCAGAGGUGGCCCAAAAAGCAAGCGGAAGUCCGUAGACUUUGAUUUAGAAUUGGAUUCGAGCAUGGAAUUCGAAGAAUUACCGGCAGUUGUUGCUCCGCCUGAUGACAUGAUUUCGGUAAAGAGUGAAACAGCGGCUACUACAGAAGUCCCUAAGGUUGAAAGAUUUACAGUGGAAGUUCCGCCUCAGUUUGACGUGAUGGAAAUCAUGAAAACUCAAAAGGGAAAUGACAAAUUAGCGUACAAAGGAUACGUGUACAGCAAGGACAGGAAGUAUGUCGAUCGGGUAUCAUGGCGUUGUGAGCAGCGGUACUGCAAAGGUCGUGCUACAACACCAUUGGAUUUCGAAGAAUAUGAAGGACGAGAUGUUGUUACGAUUACUCAGCUACAUUCACACCCUGCUUCAGCAGUAAGAGUUGAAGUACUGAGAGCCCGAACAAAAGCUUUAAAUGCUGCGACAGGAAACCAAGCACCUGAGGAAAUUGUUGCCAAUGCAGUUGCAGGGCUUUCUGAAGAAGCCAUGAACGAAAUUGGUUCUGGUAAAGGUUUUAUUCAAGCCAUCAAACGCAAGAGGAGAUUAAUGCAUGGGUCAACGUAUGAGGCUCCAUCACCGGCUGGCCAAAUAGUGCAAGACUGCUAUGGGAAUGAAUUUUUUCAGCAAAUUGGCAGGGGCGUCAUCCGAUGCAUUGUAUCCAGUGAGCAUUCAAGAAGCAGACCGAUUUUUUUGCAGUAUCUGCUCGAAGCAGUUUGGAAGGAAGGCAUCUGCCAAGAUCCGAAUGCCCAACGUUUGAAUAUUGUUUUUACGAAUGCGUCUGUGGUGUUCAACUCCAUAGAUACACUGUGGUUUGAGCUGUUUCCGGGAAGAAGCCAUCUUGGCCAUGGGACUCUUGGAAGUCCACGCGAAACAGCUGGGAGAGAACGUGAAGUACUGAACAGUACCGGAACAGCUAACGAAUCCGUCAUGAAGAAUAUCCACGGGAUUAUCAAUAGCUGGGAUUACUGCGUCGUUCUCAUCUGCGUGUUAACGGCCUUCCACCUGGAGAGGUUUUAUUUCGCGAUGCUUCUCACCGAGCUCAUUAGCGUUGACAGCAAAAGGCAUGCGGAAGCCCUGGGCAAGGAUUUGUGGGGAUUGCGAAACCUGAAUGUAGCCACAGACUCGCGACUCAUGAGUGGCACAGAAUGUUUUCCAGUCCACAGUUGUGUCCUAGCCUGCAAUUCACCGUAUUUGGAACACUUUUUCCAAACCCAAACAUCGACGAACCCGGUGUUCGUGUUGCCCAAAGCAGAGCCGAAAUCUGUCAUGCACCUUUUAGAAUUCAUGUACACGGGCGAAACGCAAGUAGAAGUGGAUCAGCUGAUAGAAUUUGGUGAACUGGCAAACCUUCUGGAUGUUCGGGUAUUGAAGGAACUGUGGCCACUGGAAACAAUCGAAGUCAAGAGAGAAAUGAGCGAUGCUGAAGAAAUCACCAUGCCUGCGUCCCCACCUCCAAAGAUCCCUGCCAGAGGCAUGCUAAGGAGAAAGCGGAAGCUUGUAAACUUCGUACCGGAGGAGGAUUCGGGCAUGGAAUGUGUUUUACGUGAGAAUGCGAAUGAGGUCUCUGAAAUAAAUCCAAGCAGUUCAACUGCUGAUCAUGAGAUGUUGAAGAUUGAUUGUUUGCCUGAAGCUGUCGACGUAGUGAAGAGCGAAGCAGAUGUUACUGAAUCAGCCCAUCAGAAUAAACCUGCAGUAAAUGUUCCUCCCAAAUUUGCCGUGAUGGAAAUUAUGAAAUCACAAAUGGGAAAGGACAAAAUGGCCUACAAGGGCUAUGUGUACUGCAGGGAUAAAAAGAAAUCUAAUUGGAUCACUUGGCGUUGUGAGCAGCAGACCUGCAAAGGACGUGCUACAACACCUUUAGCACUCGAUGAAUACGAAGGACGGGAUGUUGUCACUGUCAAUCAAUUGCAUUCUCACCCUGCCUCUGCAGUACGAGUCGAAAUUCUGAGGGCCCGGACAAAAGCUCUUAUAGCUGCAACAACGGGAAACCAAGCCCCUGAGGAAAUUGUUGCCAAUGCAGUCGUGGGGCUUUCGGAAGAAGCCCUGAGUGAAAUUGAUUCUGGGAAAAGUUUCAUUUAUACCAUCAAACGCAAAAGGAGACAGCAGCGGGGUCCAAUUUGUAGGGCUCCAUCACCAGCUGGUCAAAUAGUGCAUGACUGCUAUGGAAAUGAAUUUUUGCAGGUUGUCGGUUAUGUGGGUGAAACAAAGCCAGGCAUGGACGUGAAGCAAUCUGAGGACAAGUUCAUGUUUGCUCAGGAAGAAGCCAUCCUGACCAUGGAAUCUUUUGAAGUCUCCGCUGAGGAACGUCGAAGAAAAUGA